AUGAAAAUGGGAAUGGUGCAAGUGCCGGACGUAGCUCUGCACAAACUGCGAGCGUUUCUCGAUGACCGCAUCGAUCCGGGCUUCGAGAAGUCCUACGUCCGGGUGGCCAAGUGCUGUCUGGCCCUUGGCGACAUCAUUGGCACCGAGCACGCCGUCAAAAUGGUCAGCGAGCUGAAAUGGUCGCAGAGCACGGCUGUUGCUGGCGAACAGGCGGCGGUGCAGAAGUUGCGCCAACUGGAGGCCACCAUUCAAACGAACUACGACACAAAAGCCUAUCGUAACGUGGUCUUCUACCUGGACAGUGCCUUGAAACUGGCGCCCGCCUGCCUCAAAUAUCGUCUGCUGAAGGCUGAGUGUCUCGCCUUCCUGGGGCGAUGUGAUGAGGCCUUGGACAUUGCUGUGGGCGUAAUGAAGCUGGAUACCACGUCGGCGGAUGCGAUAUACGUGAGAGGGCUCUGCCUGUACUUCACGGACAACCUGGAUAAGGGAAUUCUGCACUUUGAGCGCGCCCUGACCCUUGACCCCGACCACCACAAGUCCAAGCAGAUGCGUAGCAAGUGCAAGCAGCUCAAGGAGAUGAAGGAGAACGGCAAUAUGCUGUUUAAGUCGGGUCGCUAUCGCGAGGCUCACGUGAUCUACACGGACGCCCUGAAGAUCGACGAACACAACAAGGACAUCAAUGCGGCAAAGUCUCAUAAUGGAGCUGUUCCUCCCAUUUUUGAUUACUCCAGCCACGAACCAAAGUUUAGGGGAAACCGCGGCGUCAACCUCGUCCUGGAACCCUUGGAUAAAGCGCAAGUUGUCAUUGUUCAUACGGUGUAG